CUUUCCCGGGCACCCCUGCCUUGGAAUGAACCUACAGAUGAACGCCUGCUGUGGAGUGAUGAAAGAUUUGUAUAAACGCGCCCUCGCCGCUCUGGAAGGGUCGCAAUGCUUCAACACGAAGAGCACAUGUUGCAGUCCUACGACAUUCCAACUAAACAAAUUCAACCAAAGCAGUUACCAGUGCAUUAAAGUCCCAGGCAUCAAAUUAACCACACCCAAGGAAAUUAUCAGCGAGUGCGUCAUUCAGUGUACGUCCGACGGGUCUGUUAUCAAUGUUCCAAACGGAAUUACCUGCAAGAACGACACACGCGUCUCGGGUCAGCCUGACUGUAUCGGAUCAGAGAGAAAGGUCUGCCUGAACGGCGAGUGUAAGCUGCCUUACGACGACAUGGUGAAGCUGUUUUACUCCAACUGGCAGAUGAACCUCAGCGCGGUCCCUUCUUGCGGUAUUCCAUCAAGUCCGAGCUCUGCGCUGUUCCAGAGAGGCGUUUUCAGAUAAAAUGAUUUCACUGAGUUAGGGACAUCGAAGUUCCCUCCGGGUGAAUAAACGUAAAAUGAUAUUGAG